CGACACAAUAUUUUGUUGUCCUCGUGUCAAGCAACACCAAACCAUGAUGCACAAGCCAUAAUGGACAACGAAGUGGCAGACGCGACGGCGGCGAAGCAAGCCAAAGCCGCUGCCGCAAAAGCCCGCAAAGAGGCUAGAAGAGCCCUCCGAAGAAAACUGGAAGCUGAAACGGCGCAAACCUUGAAGGACCUAGGUCUAUCUGCCUCGGCCGUCGAUGUUGGUGCUUCAAAGUCCAACGCAAAUCGGCCAUUGCCUGCUCCCCCUGUAAACUUACCUGCCGACUCCUGUACCAUCUGUCUAUUCUAUCAAUAUAAGGAACCAGCGUGGAAGUCGAAGGACCACAAGGCCGCCCUUAACAAAGUGACAGAAUUCGCGAAGGCUCACAAUGUCACGGGUCGUGGUCGAUGUGCUCCGGAAGGACUGAAUUGUACUCUGACCGCAAGUGCAAACGAUAUUCGCGCAUUCUGUUACGCGCUGAGAGAUUGGGAUCCAGCGUUUAAUGAAACAGAUUUCAAGCUUGAAGAUGGGGUCGAGAACAAGCAUCGAUUCCGAACCUUCACGUUGCGCAAGGUGGAUGAGCUGGUAGGAUACACUCUGGAUGGAAUCAAGGCACCGUCUCUCAAUCGACACGCAGGAAAGCAUCUCGAAGCAACUGAAUACCACAAGCAGAUGCAACAGAAAGACACCGUCAUAAUCGAUGUCCGGAAUGCAUACGAGAGUGACAUUGGUCACUUCCAACCUCCCGAAGGUGGAGCUGAACUGCUCGAUCCGAAGAUGCGAACGUCGCAGGACUUUCCAAAAUGGUUGAAUGCACCAGAAACGAAGGAAAAACUCAAGAAUAAGACGGUCAUGAUGUACUGUACGGGAGGGAUCCGUUGUGAACGAGCCACUGCUCUGCUGAAUCAAAUUACGGAGGCAGAGCCGGAGUUCGACACCAAGGGUGUCGUGAUGGUGCGCGGUGGUAUCGAACGGUAUCUCAAAACAUUUAAACAAGGUGGAUACUGGAAGGGCAAGAAUUAUCUUUUCGACAAACGGAUGGAGCAAGCUCCUCCGGAAAAGUCUCAAGAGGCACUAGAUGCUGAUGUUGAAAGCAAGUGUUGCCUGUGCCCGAAACCGUACGCAAAAUACCGAGGCCAGCACAAGUGUGCCCGUAUCAUUCCAUCAUCCGGCCUUCCGUGUGCAGUUCCUGUGAUUGUUUGCGAUGAAUGUCAGAAGACAGCAACAGAUGAACCUCAAUGUCUCGCCUGUCCUCUUUGUGUGAAGGGAUAUCAGACACCGGAGACUGCCCCCGAUCUCAUCGGUCAAAAACGCAAGCUGGGUCUGAUCGAGAAGGGAGGCACAGAUCUUGUGACAGGGCAAAAGGUUGCGCGAAAGAAUGACGUUGCGUCUCAGCGUCUAUUUGUUGGAAAACUUCCCCUCACUACCACCGCAUCGAAGCUACGCAAGGCGUUCGGCGAUGCUAAGAUCGAAACAAUCCAAUGGAUCGUAGAUCACGAUACGAAGGCGUUUUACGGAUCAGCUUUUUGCAAAAUGGCUAGCAUAGAAGAUGCAAUAAAAGCACAGUCACAAGGCACCAUACCACUGCUACAAUCGAAAAAGAUUAAGAGGCAAAAACAACGGAAGGCCCGUGUUUGCUUUGCACCUCUCCGUGAGAAUGAACUUUGGCCUUUGGAAUCGUAUACCGAAACGGAAUACCCUCCUUUAGGUUGAAACAAACCUUGCCGCUAUUCCGAAUUUUGAGAGGUACGUAACUGGAUGUCUCGAUUUGAUUUACUGGUUGUAAACUAUGAUGUCAAUAAUGGAAUGAAGAUCUAGAAAAGGGAUUUCGCACCAAUACUUCGUAUUGAAUUAUUGAGGCAUCUAGGGGUGGGCGUCGUAGUUCACAGCUGCCUUUGGAGUAUUACAUAGCCCAUGAAAGCGAACCCACCAUUGUAAAGCUGACUAUUAUUCAUCACGUGUGCUUUCAAUAGAGCAACAUUUUUACGUCCUGCGUGUUUUACUCACUUUUUUCGUUCUCCCUAUUGUUAGGUGUUUACUCUGUUUUCUACCGUAGCUGGUUCCAGAUGCAAAAAAAUACAGUUUUCUACUAAAUGGAUUCAGAUUCACUUCUCAGUAUGUAGGACUCAACUACCAAACCCACUUCAGAGGGCAUUUAGCUCAUACGGUAACUGGGUCCAUUAGGAGGACCACAAGAAUCUAAAAUAGCAGGUACGAGUACUGAACAUAUUCUAUGCACGUAGUACGGUACCAAACUUCUUGGCACAGUCAUUUCGUACCGUAGGUACGACGUAAAACCAUGCCGCUUCAUCUGAUAAGAAACAGCACAUCAGGAUGCCUAAAUAUUAGAAGUGCGUACUAGAAUCUCAUAAUUGUUCAACAUUAAUAUUAUGAUACGAAGGCGGCCUGCGCAUGUCGAACUUUUGUCAUCUGGGGACUCGAGACAAUGUUUUUCGACGUGUCAUAGAAAAUCUGCUUUAAAGAGUGUUCCUUCUAUCCAUGGGCAAUAGAUGAUAAAAGUGCGU